UUGUACCGCUCCUGCAGCCAGAUAAAAUGAGCGAUGCCGAGAUGGAAAUAUACGGGGUGGCUGCCCCAUACCUCCGCAAAUCAGAGCGGGAGAGAAUCGCAGCACAAAACAUGCCAUUUGAUGCCAAAACAGCCGUCUUUGUGCCUGAUCCGAAGCAGGAGUAUGUGAAAGGGAAAAUCAAAAGCCAAGAUGGCUCUAAGGUCACUGUGGAGACUGAGGAUGGAAAGGUUGUCACAGUGCACCUGGAUGACAUCCGCCCCAUGAACCCUCCUAAGUUUGACAAGCUGGAGGACAUGGCCCUGUUGACGCAUCUGCAUGAACCUGCCGUGCUCUUUAACCUCAAAGAGCGCUACGUGGCCUGGAUGAUCUAUACCUACUCUGGGCUCUUCUGCGUGACUGUGAACCCCUAUAAGUGGCUUCCGGUUUACAACCCAGAGGUGGUGGCCGGUUACCGUGGGAAAAAACGUCAGGAGGCCCCCCCACACAUCUUCUCCAUCUCUGACAGCGCAUACCAGUACAUGCUCACAGAUCGAGAGAACCAGUCUAUCCUGAUCACUGGAGAAUCUGGAGCCGGGAAGACCGUCAACACAAAGCGAGUCAUCCAGUAUUUUGCAACAAUUGCAUCAUUCGGAGACUUGAGCAAGAAAGAGCAACUUGCCAGCAAAAUGAAGGGAACUCUGGAGGAUCAAAUCAUCCAGGCCAACCCUCUACUGGAGGCUUUUGGGAACGCCAAGACCGUGAGGAACGACAACUCCUCUCGAUUUGGAAAAUUCAUCCGCAUCCACUUUGGAACAAAGGGGAAGUUGGCAUCAGCUGAUAUUGAAACAUACCUUUUGGAAAAAUCUAGAGUGACCUUUCAGCUGCCGGCAGAGAGAAGCUAUCACAUCUUCUAUCAAAUCUUGUCAAACAAGAAGCCCGAGUUAAUUGAAAUGAUGCUGAUAACCACCAACCCAUACGACUACCCUUUCAUCAGCCAGGGUGAACUCACUGUGCUGAGCAUCAAUGACAUGGAGGAGCUGAUGGCCACUGACAGUGCCAUCGACAUCCUGGGAUUUAGCGUGGAUGAAAAGGUCGGCAUCUACAAGCUGACUGGCGCUGUGAUGCAUUAUGGGAACAUGAAGUUCAAGCAGAAGCAGCGGGAGGAGCAAGCGGAGCCCGAUGGCACCGAGGUGGCAGACAAAGUCGCCUACCUCAUGGGUCUGAACUCUGCUGAUUUGCUGAAAGCGCUGUGUUAUCCUCGAGUGAAGGUUGGGAAUGAGUAUGUCACAAAGGGUCAGACUCCUCAGCAGGUGAACAAUGCCAUGGGCGCCCUGUCUAAGGCGGUGUAUGAGAAGCUGUUCCUGUGGAUGGUCACCAGGAUCAACCAGCAGCUCGACACCAGACUUCCAAGACAGCACUUCAUCGGCGUCCUGGAUAUCGCAGGGUUUGAGAUUUUUGAGAUGAACAGCUUGGAGCAGCUGUGCAUCAACUUCACCAACGAGAAGCUGCAACAGUUUUUCAACCACCACAUGUUUGUGUUGGAGCAAGAGGAAUACAAGAAAGAAGGAAUUGUGUGGGAGUUUAUUGACUUUGGCAUGGACUUGGCAGCCUGCAUUGAGCUCAUUGAAAAGCCGAUGGGUAUUUUUUCUAUUCUUGAAGAGGAGUGCAUGUUUCCGAAGGCGACAGACGGCUCCUUAAAGAACAAGCUGUACGACCAACACCUGGGGAAGAACAGCAUCUUUCAGAAGCCCAAGCCCUCCAAAGCAAAGGCCGAAGCCCACUUCUCACUCGUGCAUUAUGCCGGCACUGUAGACUACAACAUCAGCGGCUGGCUGGAGAAAAACAAAGACCCGCUAAACGACACUGUGGUGCAGCUUUACCAAAAAGCUUCCCUGAAGCUGCUCCCUCAGCUCUUUGCCACAUAUGCCGCUGCUGACGCUGCUGAUGGAAGUAAGAGAAGUGCCAAGAAAAAGGGGUCUUCUUUCCAGACGGUUUCUGCACUUUUUAGGGAAAACCUGAACAAACUGAUGGCCAACCUCCGGUCCACACAUCCACACUUUGUAAGAUGCAUUAUCCCUAAUGAAACCAAGACCCCAGGGUCCAUGGAUCACCAUCUGGUCCUCCACCAGCUGCGCUGUAACGGCGUGCUGGAAGGAAUCAGGAUUUGCAGAAAAGGAUUCCCCAGCAGGAUCCUCUAUGGAGAUUUCAAGCAGAGAUACAGGAUUCUGAAUGCCAGUGCGAUCCCGGAGGGGCAGUUUAUUGACAGCAAGAAGGCUUCAGAGAAACUGCUCUCCUCUAUUGAUGUGGACCAUGCGCAGUAUAGAUUUGGAUACACAAAGGUGUUUUUCAAAGCCGGCCUGCUGGGUCUCCUGGAAGAGAUGAGGGACGAGCGGCUGGCUGUGCUGAUGACUCGUCUCCAGGCCGUGUCAAGAGGUUACAUCACCAGGCUCCGGCUCAAGGAGAUGACCAAGAAAAGAGAGUCCAUUUUCAUCAUCCAGUACAACAUCCGCGCCUUCAUGAAUGUGAAGAACUGGCCCUGGAUGAGGCUCUUCUUUAAGAUAAAGCCGCUCUUACGAAGCGCAGAGGCUGAGAAGGAGAUGCAGAACAUGAAAGAGAAGUUCUCACGACUCACAGAGGACUUUGCAAAGUCGGAGGCCAGGAGGAAGGAGCUGGAAGAGAAAAUGGUCAUGCUUGUCCAGGAAAAGAACGACCUUUACCUUCAAAUCCAAGCAGAACGGGAGAACCUGUGCGACGCCGAGGAGAGGUGCGAAGGUUUGAUAAAGAGCAAGAUCCACCUGGAGGCCAAAGUCAAAGAGUUCUCCGAGAGGAUGGAGGAAGAGGAGGAGAUCAACGCCGAAAUCACGGCCAAGAAGAGGAAGCUGGAGGACGAAUGUUCGGAGCUCAAAAGAGACAUCGAUGACCUGGAACUCUCCAUCGUUAAAGUGGAGAAGGAGAAAUACGCCACCGAAAAUAAGGUGAAGAACUUGGUAGAAGAGCUCACUACUCAGGAGGAAAAACUGCUGAAGUCUUCAAAGGAGAUGAAAGCUCUGCAGGAGGUGCACCAGCAGACGCUGGAUGACCUCCAGGCCGAGGAGGAUAAAGUCAACUCUCUGAUGAAGACCAAAAUCAAGCUGGAGCAACAGGUUGAUGACCUGGAGGGCUCACUGGAGCAGGAGAAGAAGGGGAAUGUAGACUCUGAGAGAUCCAGAAGAAAACUGGAGGGGGAUCUGAAGCUGUCUCAGGAAACCAUCAUGGACCUGGCAAAUGAAAGACAGCAAAUGGAGGAGAGACUCAAAAAAAAGGACUUUGAAAUCAGCAGCCUGCAGUGCAAAAUCGAUAAUGAGCUAGUCCUUAACACUCAACUCCAUAAGACGAUCAAAGAGCUUCAGGCCCGCACCAAAGAGCUAGAAGAGGAUAUGGAAGUUGAACGUUCGGCUCGGGCCAAAGUGGAGAAGCAGAGGUGUGAUGUGUCCCGAGAGCUGGAGGAGAUCAGGGAGAGGCUGGAGGAGGCCGGGGGAGCCACCGCCGCUCAGGCCGAGCUGAACAAGAAGCGCGAGGCCGAGUUUCAGAGGCUGCGUCGGGACCUGGAGGAGUCCACCCUGCAGCACGAAUCCAUCGCCGCAACUCUACGAAAGAAACAGGCCGACAGUGUCGCCGAGCUCAGCGAUCAGAUAGACAACCUCCAAAGAGUCAAGCAGAAACUGGAGAAAGAGAAAAGUGAGCUGAAGAUGGAGAUCGAUGACAUGGCAAGCAACGUGGAGAGUGUUCUGAAAAGCAAGGCUAAUCUGGAGAAACUGUGCAGGAGCUUUGAAGACCAAAUGAAUGAAUAUAAAGUCAAAGCAGAUGAAGCCCAGAGGUCUCUGAGUGAUUACACUACACUCAGUGCUCGUCAACAAACAGAAAACGGUGAGCUUACACGUCUGCUGGAGGAGAAAGAAAUCACUCUGUCCCAGCUGAGCAGAGGGAAAUCUGUGGGGAGUCAACAAAUUGAAGAGUUGAAGAGACUUUUGGACGAGGAAAUGAAGACAAAAAGCGCCCUGGCUCACAGUUUGCAGUCAUCUCGCCAUGACUGCGACCUGCUGAGGGAGCAGUACGAGGAGGAACAGGAGGCCAAAGCUGAGCUGCAGCGCUGCCUGUCCAAAGCCAACAGCGACGUGGCCCAGUGGAGAACCAAAUACGAGACGGACGCCAUCCAACGCACCGAAGAGCUCGAGGAGGCCAAGAAGAGGCUGGCUCAGCGGCUGCAGGACUCUGGGGAAAUGACCGAGGCAGCAAAUGUCAAAUGUGCGUCUCUGGAAAAAACCAAGCAGAGGCUGCAGGCGGAGGUGGAGGAUCUCAUGGUUGAGCUGGAAAGGUCAAAUGCAGCCAAUGCUUCGUUGGACAAGAAAACGAGAAACUUUGAUAAGGUACUAGCUGAAUGGAAACAGAAAUAUGAGGAGAGUCAAUCAGAUCUUGAAGUUUGCCAGAAAGAGUCUAGAGGGCUCAGUACCGAACUCUUCAAGCUGAAAAAUUCAUUCGAAGAGGCUCUGGACCAUCUGGAGACCAUGAAAAGAGAGAAUAAAAAUCUUCAGCAGGACAUUACAGAAAUCACUGAGCAAGUUGGACAAUCUGCAAAAACUAUUCAUGAGCUGGAGAAAGUUGCAAAGCAAGCUGAGCAGGAGAAGACAGACACCCAGGCAGCUCUUGAGGAGGUCCAGUCUUCUCUAGAGCACGAGGAGGCCAAAAUCCUGCACCUUCAACUGGAACUAAAUCAGAUCAAGUCUGAAGUUGACAAAAAGGUGGCGGAGAAAGACGAAGAAAUCGACCAGCUCAAGAGGAAUCACCAGAGAAGCGUGGACACUCUGCAGAACACGCUGGACGCCGAGACGCGCAGCAGAAACGACGCCACCCGGAUGAAGAAAAAGAUGGAGGGAGAUCUGAACGAGAUGGAGAUCCAGCUUGGUCACGCCAACCGCCAGGCGGCCGAGGCCACCAAGCAACUGAGGAACCUGCAGACGCAGUUGAAGGACGUCCAGGUCCAUCUGGAUGAAGCGCUCCACAGUCAGGAAGACUACAGGGAACAACUAGCUAUCACAGAGCGCCGCAAUAACCUGAUGAUAGCCGAGAACGAGGAGAUGAGGGCGGCGCUGGAGCAAUCUGAGAGAAGUCGCAAGUUGGCCGAGCAGGAACUGAUGGACGUCAGUGGGGGGAUCCAGCUGCUGAACUCUCAGAACUCCAGCCUCCAAAACAAUAAAAAGAAGAUGGAGUGUGAUUUAGCUCGGCUGCAGUCAGAGAUGGAGGACGCCGUCCAGGAGGCGAGGAAUGCCGAUGAGAAAGCCAAAAAAGCCAUCAUGGACGCUGCCAUGAUGGCCGAGGAGCUGAAGAAAGAGCAGGACACCAGCGCUCACCUGGAGAGGAUGAAGAAGAACCUGGAGGUGACGGUGAAAGACCUGCAGCAGCGUCUGGAUGAGGUGGAGCAGAUGGCCCUGAAGGGAGGAAAGAAAGAGCUUCAGAAAUGGGAAACCAGGGUCCGUGAGCUGGAAAAUGAAUUGGAUUCAGAACAGAAACGCAGCAGCGAGGCCAUGAAAGGUGUGCGGAAAUAUGAGAGGAAAAUUAAAGAGCUCACUAAUCAGGGUGAGGAGGAAAAGAAGAGCUUGGCAAGACUUCAGGAUUUAGUCAACAAACUGCAGCUAAAAGUGAAAGCAUAUAAGCGACAGUGUGAGGAGGCGGAGGAACAAACCAGCAUCCAUCUGGCUAAAGCUCGGAAGGUGCAACAUGAACUGGAGGAAGCUGAGGAACGAGCUGACAUCGCAGAAUCCCAGUUGAAUAAAUUGCGAGCGAAGAGCCGUGAUGUCGGUAAAGGGGAAUAGAUACUGUUUAUCUACACUGAAAACCAUGUAUCUUCAAAAUGUCAAUUGUUCCUGGUAAAAGGAAAACAGAAAAGCUUUGUGGCGAUGCAUUUUUCAGCUAAUCUAAUGGGUUUUGAACUGGUUGAUUUAGCUUGCGUAGAUUUCUUUAAACCACAGUUUAAAGAAAUUCAAAUUCACAAAGAAUUAGAAUUUAUACCGCCGAUAGCAACAUGAUUUGUGCAUCACUUGCAACUGUUAUCCGCCUAGUCUCAAGGUCUGAGUUCCAAAAGAUGUUGCGCAAAUGAUAUUACAGCGCACACAUGCCCAUGCAGUUUUACAGGUAGACUAGCUAGUCAGAGUUGUUCAAUCAGUGUGUACAAAACAAGGUUUCUUGCAUAGUGACUAUCAAGUGAUCAUUCUGUGUUGUUAAGCCUAGGAUCAGCCAGGACUGAGCAGAAUAAACAGGGACAGCUCAACAUGUUCCAGGAAUAGUGUCCACUCUGCAGUUAUUUAUGCACUGACCUGAACUAAAACUUCACUCUUACUAAAACAGAUACAUGCUUUUGCUUUUGUGAAAGUAUCUGAUUUGUAUCUGCCAAGCACUCUGUGUUGUAUCUGACCUUUACUGCAAAAUGAAUUAUAUUAUUAAAUUAAACCUCCUUACAGUCUGAACACCAUCAUAUAAUAACAUAUGUAACCAUAAAAGAAACAAAAAUUCUUAAAAGAUAUAUUAUUUUUGAUUGUAAAAGGUCCAACAAUGAGAAAAAUGUAUCUUCAAUUUGGAGUAUUUCUUCCUUAUUAAGCUGCAUAUAAAUAACUCACCAUCAGUCUUGUCUUAGUACCGGUGAUAAAAAUGGAUCGGCAAAAGAUGUAGAUACUUCAUCCACGUUUAACAUUACUCCUUAUAUCAAUACAGAUGUAAAAUCUGAAGAUUUUUUCUGUAUUUGUUCACCCACAGUUAUAUCUUAAGUCAAGUCCCUUUUUUAUCCACUAACAACAAAAAGAAAAAGUAACCACUACUUUCGAAAGAUAUGCGGUUAGUUAGUUGGUUAGUUAGUUAGUUAGUUAUAAGCAUACAGACCCAACCGAGUCGCAAUCAAUAAAAUAAUAAUUGCAAUACAAAAUACUGCAUAAAUGAAUGCAUUGAACCAGCAUGGUUAGAUUCUCAGAUGUUCAAACCACACUGUUGAUUUGAACUAAAAACUAGAGCACAGAGAUUAUAAAGAAAAUCUGCUCCCUAACCCUCAUGUUGUCCUCGGGUCAAACUGACCCGUUUUUCUAUAUCAAUGUUCUUUUUAACUACUCAAUUGUAUUUACCCAAAAUAACAUGAUUGAUUCCAGCAACGCUCUUUGGCAAGUACAAAUCUCUACUUUCAUUCAUUUUAGCAUUUGAAAAAAACAACUGACAUGGUUUUGAAAUAGUAAUGAGUAGAAGUUGACAUAUUCCAGUCUUUGAUUAUCCAUCCACAUACAACUUUAAUUUUAGUCAAAAUAAGUCUUAAUUUCUGCUUUCUAACUCAAACAUUAGGUAUAAUUUCUUAUAAAUGAGGUUUACUGACCAUAAAUUCCCAAAUAACUGUAAAACUAAAGUUAAUAAGUACGUGGGUGUUACGUAGUGUUGAGAACGUCAAAGACAUUCACAAACAUUGAAAAAAAGCGUCAAAAGUGUUGAAAAAAGGGACAAAAACGUCAGAAAAAGUUAAAACAUCGAUUAAAAAGCGUCAACAAAAGUGUUGAUUUUUUUUUUUUGGAAGACAACACGAGGGUUAACACAGCAGUCCCUUACCAAUUCAACUGUAAACAUGAUAUUAGCAUUGGCUCACAGCUUCAGCUCAAAACCCAAAGAUAAAAACCGGAAUAACACAGGCCUGACAUUUGGGCGUUGUAGAAAAGCCUGCUAAUUCAUAUGGACCACACUAAAAUCCACCUCUUUUACUCCUGUCGGCGAUGCUGUGAUCAGCAGCAGCGGGUAGAGCUGGGCUAUAUAUUGAUAUUCUAUCAAUAUCUUGAUAUGAGACUAGAGAUCGCCAUUUUGAAUGUUGUAAUAUGGCAUAAUUGUUGUCUUUUCCUGGUUUUAUAGGCUGCAUUACAGUAAUAUGAUGUAACUUUCUGAAUUUACCAGACUGUUGUAACUGUUCUAUUUUUGCCUUUACCCACUAAGAAUUACAUCCACAUUACUGCUGAUUAUUUAUCAAAAUUUCAUUGGGUGAGUAUUUUGUGAAAGCACCAAUAGUCAACACCACAAUAUUGUUGCGGUAUCGAUAUGGAGGUAUUUGGUCAAAAAUAUUGUGAUAUUUGAUUUUCUCCAUAUCGCCCAGCCCUAGCUGCCGGUAUGCUCAUAACAUGUAGAAAUCCUUCUAAAGCUGCAUGUGUGACUUCCAUCAGGGGAGGGUGACGUACAAGCUGAAGGUAACCUCCAAGGGAAAAGAAAGUACAAAGAGGAGAACAGGUGGUACUGGAAGAGCUCUCAGGUUGUUGUUGGCACUAAGUAGAUCGGAAGUAACAAACACAGUCCACAACCUCGACAGCAUGUUCAGUCACUGCUACGUGACUAUUUACUCAAACUGGGGAGGCUUAUUUUGGUGGCAGAACUAUUUAUAGCAAGAACAUUUCAGUAUGCAGAUUUAUUCAGAAAACAUAUACGGUAUACAAACACAGAAAGCUAGACAGCAAACAUAUAAACAAGCUGGCUUAUUGCUGGAUAAGAUUUUGGUGCAUUUUGGUGCAAUUAUGAUAACCUGCCUUUCGUUUGCUUCCCCUAUUAUAAUGAGAGCUCAAGUUACAGGGGCUCAUCCGUGCUUAUUCUAAUAGUAACAAAGCUGCCAUGUGUUGUCUAUGUUGUCCAGGUGUCUAUGCAGUGUUAUGUGUUAACUUAUUAACAGAGCAGACAAUGCCAGAUAACUUCCUCAAGGUAAGAUAAUUACCAUUUCAAUUCCUAGCAACAGAGUAAAGUAGUAUUUGAAGUAAAUUAAUGUAUGUGCCACCAGGAUGUACUGUAGUUCAAAGUAUUACAAAUCUUUCUCUACUAUCAAGUACAGUGUAUCUAUACAUUAGUUUACUUGGUAGUUUGCCACAGAGUUUGAUUCAAUGGCCCAUUUCUAUUCUCUGUGUAGAAGUUCCAACUAAGCCCCACUAAUAUUUUUUUAUUAAUCUAAUUGUUAUGCAGACGAUGAUGAAUAGAUUUGAAAAGUGGAAUAAAUGUAACCGUUUAAAACA